UAUAAAACAUUACAUACAUUCGUUUCGUUAUAACAAGAUAGCAAAUAUUCUGAAUUUCACUUUCACUUUCAAUUUCAUCCAACAUGACAGAGGUACACGUGUUGCAUCAAUCUGAUGGUUCUGAAGACAGUGCGUCGGCCACAAGUGGCUCUGAACAAGAAUUCAGUGAUGAUGAGAUCUCAAGUGUAAAAACAAAAUCAGAAGUUGAUCAUGAAGAGGAGGCGGAUGAUGACAAUGAUGUUGAUGACAGUGAUGAUAAUGACGAUGAUGAUGAUGAUGACGAUGAUGAUGAUGAUGAUGAUGAAGGAAACAUACUUUCUCAGCUUGAUGAAAGACUUAGUGACUCUGAAACCCAUACAGAUUCAAAAGCUGGACUUGCUGAUGCCAUGGCUAAAAUUCUUAAAAAGCAAAUUCCAGCACACCAACAGAUAAUUCUAGCCAAAGGAACUACUGAUAAAGAGUUAGCAAAGAAAAGACAAAAUAUAGAUGAAGACUCUAGAGAAACCCAAGUAUCUCAACAAAAGAAAAGACUAUGGGAAGAAAUGGGUCGCACUAAACCAAACCCACUAGAAAAGGAGAGGGAAAGGAAACUACAGAGAAUAGCACAAAGGGGAGUUGUACAACUCUUUAAUGCAGUCCGUAAACAACAGAAAGUGUUGGAUGAAAAGAUUAAAGAAGUAGGAUCCUCAGAACUGAAAAGAGAGAAAGUGGAAAAAUCAAUGACAAAGGACAAAUUCCUGGAUAUACUGAAGAGUGCCGACAGCAAACCAGAGAAGAUUGAAAUCAAGAAAGAAGAGAAGUGGAGCGCCCUGAGAGAGGACUUUAUGAUGGGGGCCAAGAUGAAAGACUGGGAUAAAGAGAGUGAUGAAGAUGAGGCUGAAGACACAUGACAGCAGGGUGUAUCCACUCACAGGAAAUAGCCUAUUCACAGUCAUCAGGACGAACAUUCAAUAAUGUCAUCAUAAAGCGAUUGCCAUGCAGCUACAACUCAUUACACUGAGUUUAAUUUUCAUGCAAUCUUUUUCACAUACUGGAUUUUUUUUUUAUGCCAGUUGAUAAACAUAGCUGGUUGAUUAAAAAGAAGUUUGUAAAUGAAUUUCUUUCUUCUAGCUUUGUUCCUUUUUUGUGACAAACAUGUAGAUUAUUUUUCUGGAUCACCCUGUCUUUGAAUCCUAGAACCACUGCUAGGAAUAAAUAAAAUAUACCAUAACAAAGUGAGCAGAAAUUUCAAAAUCUCUCAUCAGUACAAAAUCAAAAAGAGAAAUAAAGAAAACAUCUAAGUUAGAUUAAUAAUUUAUUGUGGUUAACAGGUUUACAUCUGGUAUUUUAACUAGUGUAUAAUUGGAUGCAUAAAAUUGAUUCUCAUGUUUAUGCAAUAUGUUCAACAAAUACUAGUGGUUGUAAUUACUGUCUAUAGCAUAACAUUUUGUACAAUAAAUCUUAUUGACAAUAUUGAA